UGGAUGAAACGACACCGACUCCAGUUCUGGAGAGUUUUUGCUUAAACCCGCGUAUUCGCCGGUUUACUUCCUGCGGUCUUCACCAGUAAAUCAAACAACUGAGAGAGAUGAAGAUAGCAGUGGAAGGAUGCAUGCAUGGAGAUCUCGAUAACGUCUACAAAACCCUUCAAUACAUUCAAGAUACUCAAAACACCAAAAUCGAUCUCCUCCUCUGCUGCGGCGACUUUCAGGCUGUGAGGAAUGAGAGAGAUAUGGAGAGCUUGAAUGUGCCACCGAGAUUUCGAGAGAUGAAGUCCUUCUGGAAGUACUAUUCCGGCCAAGAAGUGGCUCCUAUUCCUACUAUAUUCAUCGGCGGUAACCACGAGGCUUCCAAUUACUUGUGGGAAUUAUAUUAUGGGGGAUGGGCAGCGCCUAAUAUAUACUUCUUGGGUUUUGCUGGGGUAGUGAAGUUUGGCAACGUUCGUAUUGGUGGACUCUCUGGAAUUUACAAUGCUCGCCACUAUCAUUUGGGACAUUACGAGAGACCUCCUUAUAAUGAGUGUACCAUAAGGUCUGUUUAUCAUGUUCGUGAGUAUGAUGUCCAUAAACUCAUGCAAAUCAAGGAACCGAUUGAUAUCUUUCUUUCACAUGAUUGGCCUCUUGGUAUCACUGACUAUGGGAACUGGAAGCAACUUGUUCGGCAUAAACAAUUCUUUGAAAAAGAGAUUCAGGAAAAAACUCUUGGAAGUAAACCAGCUGCUCAACUGCUAGAAAAAUUGAAACCACCGUAUUGGUUUUCUGCCCACCUACAUUGCAAGUUUUCAGCUCUUGUUCAACAUGGUGAUGGUGGUCAAGUGACAAAAUUUCUUGCACUUGAUAAGUGUCUCCCUGGUCGCAAAUUUUUGCAGAUUGUUGAAAUUGAGUCUGAGCCGGGACCAUAUGAGAUUCAGUAUGAUGAAGAAUGGCUGGCAAUAACACGAAAGUUCAAUUCCAUAUUUCCUACGACCAACAGAAAUUCAAAUUAUGGGAAUGCACAGCUUGACAUGCAAGAUUGCCAUCAAUGGGUCAGGAAAAGACUGCAAGCAGAAGGGGCUAAACCUAUUGAAUUUGUGCAGACUGCUCCUCCUUAUGAUCCCUCCAAUUCUUGCUUGAACAGCUCCUCCAGUGGAUAUUUUCGGAAUCCUCAAACACAGUCAUUUUUGCAACUGCUUGAGCUUCCUUAUCUUCUUGAUAACUCAUUGGAGUCGAGGGAACAAAUCCAUAGUCCUGUUUCGUCAAUUCAAAGAGGUCUGAUUGACGAUACUAGUGAAGACAUUCCCAUUGACGAUGUGGAUGAAUUGGACGAACUUGCAGAAGUCAAUGAACAAUCCAAGAAUCAAGAUUGCAUCAUAUUGUAUAUGCUCUAUGAGGACUAUGAUAUUCGUACACAUAAUUGGAGGGCUACUCAAUUCAUAAGUAGCCAACCUAAUCCUAAUGAAGCUGACAUAGUUUGUGAUCAAUGCAGCAAAUAUCAAGGGAACUUAAGCUGGGCUGGAGUCCAGAGAUCAUUUUCGGCAGUGGCAACAUUCUCCCACACGGAGACCUUAGCGUUGGGGAAGGCGUUUGGUCAGGGAAAAUAUGACAUUCUCGUGAAUUUUUCUUUACCUGUUUCACAUAAUGGGGAAAAAAAACUCGAGCAGAUGCCCAUGAGUAUCUGUGCAAAGCCAAUCAACAAAGCCAUUGUGGGGAUAAAAACAAUGGUGUUUUCUGCAACACCUGAUUACUGCAAGUUUUUCUUUCUUGUCUUCUUUUCUCUUUCUGCUUCUUUUUCUUCUGCGAGUCUUUCUUUCAACUUCUAUGGAAUUUCAUGCCCAUCUGCUGAAUUUAUGGUCAGAAAUACAGUGAGAUCAGCUGCUUCAAAUGACCCAACCAUUCCUGGAAAGCUCCUCCGCUUGGUCUUCCAUGACUGCUUUGUGAAGGGUUGUGAUGCUUCUGUGCUUCUACAAGGAAAUGGGACAGAGCGUAGUGAUCCGGCAAACUUGUCUCUUGGAGGAUUUUCAGUCAUUGAAUCAGCUAAAAGAAUGCUCGAAUUCUUCUGCCCGGGAACUGUUUCUUGUGCUGACAUUCUUGCUCUAGCUGCUAGAGAUGCUGUUGAAUGGGCUGGCGGACCUGCAAUUGAUAUUCCAACAGGAAGGAGAGAUGGAAGGGUAUCUGUGGCUGCAAAUGUUAGACCUAAUAUAGUAGACACAAGUUUCACAGUGGAUGAAAUGCUUAGUCUCUUUUCCUCUAAAGGGUUGUCCCCAGAUGACCUUGUCACCUUAUCAGGAGCUCAUACUAUAGGAUCGGCUCAUUGUAGUGCGUUCAGUGAUCGGUUCCGAAAGGACUCCAAGGGGAUGACACACAUUGACGCAUCUUUAGACAGUAUUUACGCAGACGAGCUCAUGAAGAAGUGCCCGGCUGGCAGAGACUCCUCCAUAACUGUUAACAAUGACCCUGAAACAUCCUUGGUGUUUGAUAAUCAAUACUACCGAAAUCUUCUAACGCACAGAGGCCUUUUCCAAUCUGAUUCUGUUCUUUUAAAUGAUGAAAGAACGAGGAAACAAGUGGAGUUUUUUGCGGAAGAUCAAGAGAGCUUCUUUAGGAGUUGGAGCCAGUCAUUCUUGAAGCUUAUUAGCAUUGGAGUGAAGACAGACAAUGAAGGGGAUGUUCGAGUUUCCUGUUCGGGAAGUAAUGAUUAAAGAAACAUGGACACUUGAACUAUUCUUCCCUGGAAGGAAGCUCAGAACAAGCAGUACACUGAACAAAACUUUCCCUGCUGAUGGAUAUUGCAUUCUUCAUGACUACAUGCUUCUGGCUUUGUUUGCUUCUUGUUCUUUUAGUUUCGUUCUCUUUCCUUAGAAAAAUUGUCGAUAAGGAUUCGGGUUUUUUCAUGUUCAUAGAAGGGCUGCAGGGUAUAUAGGAGUUUUGUUUGGUGAUUAGGCCAAAUACCUAAUCCUUGUGAGUUGUGACUGCACAUUGGAGAGAUUAAUAUAAGAGAAUGCGUCAUAGUGGUCCAUCUGAUCAAA